CACAAAUAAGAUUGGUGUCAGCCUGAUCUUUAGUAUAUUUAUUGCCAUUAUAAUCAAUAAACUACCGGGUAUGAUUGGCCACAAAAGAGGUAAAAAUACGAUUCUGGUUGAGCUCUUGAGCAGAGACACUGAAACAUAUUGCUGAAAGUAAACUGGUCUAGCUUCUGCCACUCCAAGUCACUGUAGUAUGAAUAUCUAACUAAACUAGACAGAGCCUAACUGGCAACUUCAGGAUCAUUAUGUCUUAUAAUAAAAGUAUUAUAACAAUAUCCAUUUUUAUGUAAUUAAUAGUGUUAAAUGAUAUCCGAUUUAUAAUCAGUUCAAAUAAAUGCAGUUUUAACAUGAAGGGUCACUUGAACUCUUUUCAUGGUACAUCUGACAAAAAAAGGAUGGGAACCGCUGUUUUAGUGUCUGGUUGUCCGUCAUAAAAACACACUGCUGUUUACAAACAGCUGCCAACUUUGCUCGUGACUGAAGACUUGUCUCUUAUUUCCUCAUACUGCCGUUUCUGAGAAAGGUCUGUUUGUUUUUCAGUAUUCACUGUGUUAACGCCACCAGUGCCCUCUUGGCAUUGUUUGAUUUGGUCAACAAGUAUGUAAAUGCCUUUCUUUAGGCGGUGGGGAUAAGUGAAGAAGUUGAUUACAGCUUUAGCCAGGAGAAGUUGUUGUGGAGUUAGAUGGUAAGCCCCUUUCCCCUGUAGACGACAAUACCGCUCUACAUUCCAGUCCAGUCAUUCUGAUUCACUGGACACCUGUGCUGCUCCAUGGCAAGGCUGUUUCCCCACUGUAUUAACUCUCAGAGCCUGGUGAAAAUGAAUUUAAAAGGGCUCCAAAAUGAAAUACUAAUGGAAUGUAAAGCUAAUCUAAAUAUGCUAAUCCCCUAACACUUCAUAAACAUAGACAGCAACAGCCCACCACCCACUCUCUGUAGUUGCUCGCUGUGGAAUGCUUUAGCCACAGGGGGUCUAGCAGUAAUGACAGGCUUGUGGUGGAUUAAUGUGGAGUUAUUUAUUUCCGAUUGAGCGAAUCCCCCUCCCACUAAUAACCCAGACCCCCCCCUCCUCCCUUUUUAGCAGUUUGGCCCAGUCUCCAUGACUCCUGGAGAUGCUCCGAACGAGCAGUCUUAGACUUUUUUUUUUAUUAAUGCGAUCCGCCUUGCUAACAUGCCCAGACCACCGCCGACAGGCCUCACACUGCAUUCUGGGAUAUCUUCAGCCCUUUACCUGCUCUUAGCUAAUUACUUUUUAGCCGUGCACUCGCACAAUAAUUGGUCUUGUGCUGCUGCUUCCCCUCCCUCUGCUGCACCGAGUGCUGAUUUGUGCACUUUUUUUCCCCUCUCUGUGUCGUCCUUAUUCCCCUGUUUUUUUUUUUAUCGUCCUCCAAAAGCCAUCCAAUUAAUAUGCUAAUGAGCUGAUAAAUAUUUAUAGGGGUUUAAAUUAUGCAGAAAGCUUUCAGAGCCUUGUGUGAAAUGCGUCGCUCGCAGGACUUCAAAGCCUUGCAUUGCUAACGAGGAAGGGGGCAGAUUUGCAUACGGCUUUAAUCAGCUGAAUACUGAUUAUGCUUCAUUAUAGAGUUGGAGGGGGGGAGCCGGGUUGGAGGAGGCUGCCAGCUGCACUUGUCGUUUGUUUCAUUCCAGCAAGAGAGGGAGAGGGUGAACUUUUUCAGAAGUACUGACAAUCUUGGCACAGGAGAAAGAGAGAGAGAGGCAAGGAAAGAGGGAGAGUGAGUGCACUGUAAAAGAGAAAGGGGCUGAGCUAUAAGAAAAGAAAAGAGAAAGAGUGCAGACUGAGGGAAGGAGAGCUGUUUGCCUAAACCCUGCUGGCUUUCCCUGUGUGCGUAUCCUGGUGUUGUUCAGUGAACCGUGUGGUGGACAGUGCCACUGUGUCUGUGUGUAGCUCUGGUUGUAUUGAACUCUGCUCGUUGACCAGUGGAGAGUGAAGAGAGGGGGGAGUGGGAGGAGGAACUGAGUGCCCGACACCCUGUCGGUGGGUUUGCCCAGCACAGGCCGUUUUCCUUGAUAGGCUCUGCAACCAUGCUGGAAAACACGGGUGGAGCAAAAGCGGAUGCUAAAGUGAAUAAUCAGUCAGAAACUACUAAAUGUGCAAUGGAAAGUGGUGACGGGAACACCGGAAUCCAAAUCAAUGGAUUGGACUUUCAGAGGCAGACGGUGCCAACCACAAGUGCAAUCACUAGCGCACAUGCACAAGCCCUCCUCCAACAGUUGACCCUGACCCCAGCACAUCAGCAGCUGUUGAUCCAGCAGGCACAAGCUCAGAUCCUGGCUGCAGCCGUGCAGCAUUCAGCUAGCCAGCAGAACAGCACCACUGGGGCCAGUAUCUCAGCCUCCGCAGCCGCACCCAUUACCCAGCUACCCCUGUCACAGCCAAUCCAGAUUGCUUCUCAGCUACAGCAGCAGAAUCUUGGUCUGCCUCAGUUUGUUCUCGUGCAGCCAGGUCACCCGAUCGCCACAUCACUGCAGCCUCAGUUCAUCAUCUCACAGACACCGCCUGCCCAACAAGGCAUAUUGCAAGCCCCGGGUUUUCUAACUCAACUACCUCAAAGCCAAGCUAACCCCCUGCCGACUCAACAAAGCAUCACCCUCACAACUCAGCCUGCAACUCCAACCCGCACAACAGCAGCCACACCUAUUCAGACCCUGCCCCACAGUCAGACACCACCCAAACGGUUGGACACCCCCACUCUGGAGGAGCCUAGUGAUCUGGAGGAACUGGAGCAGUUUGCCAAGACCUUCAAACAGAGGCGUAUCAAACUGGGCUUCACGCAGGGGGAUGUUGGCCUGGCCAUGGGGAAGCUGUACGGAAACGACUUCAGCCAAACUACCAUCUCUCGCUUUGAGGCCUUGAAUCUGAGCUUUAAGAACAUGUGCAAACUCAAGCCAUUGCUGGAGAAGUGGCUCAAUGAUGCAGUUUGUGCAGAGAACCUGACAUCUGACCAGGGCCUGUCCAGCCCCAGUGCCCUGGGCUCCCCAGGCAUGGGCAUAGAGGGGAUCAACCGCAGACGGAAGAAGAGGACCAGUAUUGAGACCAACAUCCGAGUGGCCUUAGAAAAAAGCUUUCUUGAGCAGAACCAAAAACCUACCUCUGAGGAGAUCACCAUGAUCGCUGACCAGCUCAACAUGGAGAAGGAGGUGAUUCGGGUCUGGUUCUGCAAUCGCCGGCAGAAAGAGAAGAGGAUUAACCCCCCGAGCAGUGGCAACAGCGGAGGAGGCAACACCCCCAUCAAAACCAUCUUCACACCCAGUAGCCCUUUGGUGGCCAGCACAGCAAGCCUUGUGAGCAGUCCAACUAUUAACACACCCACCACUCUGACUGUAAAUCCAGUGAUGCCUCUCACCAGCACCAGCGUCUCCAGUUUGUCUUUCACAGGCACGACAGUUGGAGCCACAAACACUGCAUCUGUCAUCUCCACUGCACCUAUGGUUACCACAGCAACCAGCUCUCCAUCAUUAAGCCCGUCACCAAUGAGUAUUCAGUCCACGACUGCAGAGAGUAAAGCUGGUGUUCAUGCGCAUACCGUCGUCACCCAGGCCCCGUCGUCUAUAGCCACCACUUUAGGGACGGGUCAGGUGAUGGUGGCGACUUCAGGGCUGUCUGCGGCGCUGCAGGGUGCCCAGUUACCCACCAGCGCCAGCCUUGCUGCUAUGGCUGCUGCUGCAGGGCUCAACCCAGGACUGAUGGCCCCCUCCCAGUUCACCCCAGGGGGGGCCCUGCUCAGUCUGACUCCUGGUGGCCUUGGCAGUGCGCUGAGUCCUGCCCUCAUGAGCAACAGCACCCUUGCCACCAUCCAAGCUCUGGCAUCGGGUGGGACGAUCCCCAUCACUUCUCUGGACGGUGGUAACCUGCUGUUUGCCAACACAUCUGCUGGUAACACACCCAACCUGGUGACCACGCCGCUCUUCCUGAGCCCCCAGAACCUGUCGCUGCUCGCCAGCAACCCCGUCAGCCUGGUGUCCGGGGCGGGGGGGCUGCAGCUCACUGCUGAUGCUCAUCAUCAAGCCACCACGGCUGUGCCUGUGCAAGCCUCGACCAUUACCACUGCCUCCAAGGCUCAAUGAAGCCAGUCAGGCUGCAUCCCGAAUUAACGCCCUAUUCCUCAUGUCGUGCACUACUCUCAUCACACCAUGUAGGGAAUAGGGGAGGUCGUUUGAUAUAGGCUCUGCGCUUCACUAACCACCCCACGUUCUUUCCAUUGUAUCUAUCAUUAUUUAAUCCUUUUGCUGCCACCAAAAAGAAUAUGACCUCAGAUGAGGUUGGGGUUGACUUUCCGUUUUAUAGUUUGUUUCCCGUCUUUCUCUUUAUGAUUCUUGGAUGUUUUUUCCACAAACAGUAGCCAGAUGGACACUGUUGUCGGCCUGCCGCUCCUCAUGAACCUUGACAAGUGUCCAGGAAGAAAAUAUCCUCGGUACCAUCAAGCUGUUCACGUUUUGUAUAUAUGUCUAUUUCCAGCUCAGAAUUUUCUCUGAAAUACUUCUAACCAAAAACUUUAGGAUUUUUCUCUUUUAAACAUUCAAACUUUACUGAUUUUACUACUAAUUUCACAAUAUUCAUCAUCACUAAUGGGGAUUUGUGUGUCACCCCAUCUUCAAUUAUCUUCUUUUGGGUUUUUUUGACAGGCCUUGACGUAAAUCAUAUCAAAGUUAUAUUUUAGAGACUUUUUUUUUUCAUUUAUCUUUACUGUCUGUAAUUUUUUUUUACAUUUUCAGAACUUUGUAAGUCUAAUAAGUUAAGAUUUAACUAUCAAUUUUUAAUCGUGGUUAUAAGGCUUUAAAAACAAGUAAUAAGUGGCCGAUACAAAGGUUAUCAUUGCUUUAAGGGUCGGAGGGACCAGAUGUGUCUCUCCGAGUCUCUCUUUCUGGAAACACUGAGUUUUACAUUUUGCCUUGGUGGCGAAGUAGCCGCCGAGCUUUUGUAAUAUGAAGGUGUUGGUGCGGAUUAUAGACACUGAUAGAAAAUGACUGAAAACAUAACUGAGAGCUUUAAUAAGAGCUGCAGACAUGCAGUCCCGUGUUGGAUUGAGGAUUUGUUUUGGAUGGUGAUCCAUUGGAAAAAUGUACAUUUAUGUUUUGGGUUCAAAGGUAGAAAGUAGAAGUCUGCAUGUGUUGUCUACAGCUCAGGCAGAUGCUGAGAGUUCAGUAACUGCAUGACCCACAAGGCUCUGUGGCUGACUGGUCUGUUUUGAGGAGGACUUGUCAGGGGGGCAUGGUCAUCGUACCAAAUAUGUGGUGGCUUUGGCUAAAUGGGGUUUAUUGUAUUGUGUUUUUAUUUUUAAUAGUAGUACCGUCGUAUCUACUUGUGCACAGUAUCUGUACCAAAAAACUGGAUUGAUGAGCUGCAGUCUGCCUGUUUUGGGAGGAAUGAAAUUCUGUCUUUUUUUUUUUUUUUUUUUUUUUUUGGUCUACAGUCGUUUGACUGGCUUACGUACUUUAAGAUAUACCAAAAAUAUUUGUUAAAAUAAUUGCUGUGUGUAGUCAGUGUAGCUUAGUCUAGUCAAUAUAUUUAUGAGUACAGAAUCUCUUCAUUGUCAACAGAAUAUAGAAAUGCAAUAUUUUGAUGAUCAUUUUCCAAAGAUGACCUUUUUUUUUUUAAUUUGACCAAGUGUCUCAUAGCUGAACGUUUAAUUGGCGGCACAACUGACCAAAAACAGAGGGAUUGGCUUGGUUGGAGCUUGAGAAAUUAGUUUCCUUUCACUCUUAAUGAAUUGGUUUUUAUCACUGGGGCCUCGCCCUAACGCCUGAUCCUGGUUUUUUGUGAGCCGUUUGAUGGCUUGUUUUCCUUUUUUUUUUUUUUUAAAACUGUUUUGGACAUUUUGGUAGCAGUUUUGGACAUUUCUGAAGCAUAACGGAAAAGGUCUGUUUUUUGGUUUUGUACUAAUAUUCAGCCAUAAAACAACAGCUUGAACCAAAGUGGUUUUCCUCAGUAGUUGCUGUGCCUGUCUGAGCACAUAAGUUGCCGUUUAUAUGAUCUCUACUCUGUACACUGCUGAUAAAUUAUUUUCCUCUCCUCCCACCUCUGUCAAUAACUGAUAUUCCUAAUUUGGUGCUGCUGGAUAAGGAUCACAGAAACUUAGCUUUAACAACUUGCUGCUGAAGCUGCUGGUGGAGUUGAGCUGUUGAGAGGCCUGCAUGCUUUCCUAUAGCUUUAUGACAUGUUCUGUGAAAAUCAGGUUUUGUGGUGUAGACUCUCCCGUACGGAGGGCUCAACUAUGUAAAUCCAUAGCUCUGAUCAUCAUACUACACCUCCUCUCAUCACCAACAUUUUGAAUUAGCAUAUUACCAAACAAAUAUGCUGCUCCCCAAAUCUGUCUGUGGACUAGAUUUAAAACCUGCCAGAUUAUGUCUGAGCACUGUUCAUGUGCUACACAUUCAACUAAACCCCACACAACAGCAUCAUUGUUCUGCUACUUCCAAAUAACAAAAUGAAUUAGUGCAGUGAUUAUUCAAUCACUGAAACUUUAAGCAGUGAAAUCUGUCCAUGUUCUCCUCAUGUGUACUUCUUUUCUGUUGUUGAAUAAUUUUGACUGAAUAUACCUCAGCAGCACUUAAACAUAAGGUUCACCCGUAGACAUUUCUGUGUAUAGAACAGUGUGGAAUGUAUAAGUACUGUCUGGCUCGCCAUUCAAAGUUUAUACUGAUGAACCAUACAUAGGAUCCAUACAUAAAAGGACAACCUACUACUGCUAUUUUCUAGUACUACUAUUUAUGGGGUAUUUCCAGGUUUAAAUAUUGUUUAGAGAUCCUUCUUGCCAAAGUAAAAGCCUUUCUCUUUGCAGCUCGGCAGGUGUCUGGCUGCUCAUGUUGCUGGUUUCCCUGUUAUUGAGGCCACGACGGGCCUAUAGGACUCAGUCCUGUUCCAGUGCUGUUUGUAGUUACUUAAGAGGUGAACGCGUGCUAGUAAGAUGAACCAGUUGCCAUCGGCACCGUAGGAUGUUACUGAAAUAUUUAUCUGAGGAAAGACUUAAGAAUUAGAGAAACGAUCUUUUCUUAAUUCUAUACAUAUAAAUAUAUAUAUAAACACUUGUAAGAUAUUCAUAUUUUAUAUUUGAACCAGUAUGUUAUCAAGACUGAAUGUAGUGUUUAUCAUGCUUACUCAAAAAUCUCCCCGAAAUCUUCCUUUUUAUUAUUGCAAAAUAGCAAAAAAAAAAAUUUUUUUUUUUUGAAAACUGUCAAGACCAAAAAGUAAGAAAAGAAACCUGAGACCACGCCUCAGUGGCACGUGAGUCGCUGACACCUGAGUCUGUCGUGUAUCGGUGAGGGCGCUCCUGACGGACAGGUCCUGUGGUUGGCAGGAGAACAGAGACUCUGAAGCAUCUGAUCUUAAUCUUUUACUAGAGUUUUUUUUUGUUGUUGUUUUUAUUUUGGUUGAGUCAUUGUGGACUUGAUUUGCUGUGCUGUCUUUAACAAUCAUUUGAUUUUUUUUUCUGUAAUAUUACUUUAUGCCUUUAAUUGUUUUGUAUAGUGUGAGAGGGCACGAUCACUGGCUUUCUUAGUUUGACAAAGAAGAUUAACAUUAUCAUUUAUGCCUUAUUGUUACGUAGAAGACAUGAGCAUUGUAGCAUUAUUGUUGUGUGUGUGUGUGCGUGUGUGUGUGUGUGUGUGUGUGUGAGCUCACCCGGUGCAUUGUUUUCACUGAAACAAAUACAGUGUACUCGGGGCAUUUUGGAGUGUGGGAUGAUUACGUUGCUACCUAUGUUUUUUAGGUGUGACUCAGACAGGUUGACGAUACCUGUGAAAAAAAGCUUUACUAAUAAUUCCAGCAGGUGGGUGUGUGUGUAUGUAUGUGUGUGUGUGAGUGAGUGUCUUAAAAAGAGAGAAUAGAGAGGGCAGUCUGCAAAGCAUUAUGGUGCAUUUUUCCCAUCUUCAAGCAGGUGUUUGAGUGAUUUCUUUAAAAAAAAAAAAGAAAAAAAAAAGUUGAGACAUGAGUACUUAUAUUUGUUUAAAGUUCUCUACUGGUUAACAAAAGCCUCUGGCCACUGCUGAGCCAGUUUGUGGUUAAUAAUGGUAAAACAACAGUUUGUGGUCAUAGUCUUGACUGUUUCAUCUCUACUUAUCUUACUCGCUGUCUAACUGUUGAUCUACUUGGCACUGGCUUGGCUGUAACGCUUUAGUUUCAUUUUGUGAUCCAGAGAUUUCAAGAUGCUCUUGUGGAUCAGUCACACGUCAAGUUGUAGUAAUGUUGACCCACCACACUGGUUUGCUAGUUUUUAACGUUGAUAAGAGGAAGUGUGGAGCACCAGUAAGGCAAAAGGAGCUGUUGUAUACCUCAUUUCUAACUCAAGACUGAGUGAAACCUGCUUUAAUCUACUUAAGAAAUAAGAAAAAAAAAAUAUUUUAAAAAAAAUCACAAAAAAAAGACAAAAAUACACAAACUUGUGUCAUUGGAGAAGCCCGUUCACACCUGUACUUAGUGAAAGGUUGUGGAUAAAAGCCACCACCAGGGGGAGACACAAUACAUACCAGUACUCAUGAAUGUCUGCUUUCUUUCUAUCACAAUUUGGUGUUCUUAUGCUGCACACUGAUGUAUUUCAGCAUUGUAUAGAAAUUAUUAGUUGAAACUUGAGAUGAAUAUUUUUAUUUAGUGUGUGUUUUAAUGCUUUCUGUACAUCCAGUUUAAAAGAUUUCCCCUUCUGAAAAGAUGCUUUCUGUUUCAUAAAUGGACCCAUGUUUGAACAUUGAUUUUUUUUUUUUCUAAGUUUGACAAUCCUGCUUUAGUUUUUUUUUUUUUUUGUUAAUUUACACUCCACCAAGUACUGGUGUGUUACGUGUCUUCCCAAACGACGGUGCGCUGGCACAGCCCGCUCUCGCUUUCCUAUGGUAACAACAUUAACCAAAGACUUCUAACUGAUUGUAUAUGAACGGCACCGUCUCUCACCCAUCCCUGCCUCACUGCUCAGCAUCUAAUCCCGGCUGCACGCUCUCAUCCGAGUCCUCUCACCUCCCUUCCACCCCCCCAAACCCCCACACUCCUCCCUCUCCUCCCCUCUCGGAAACACUCAGUCCGGUCUGUGCAGCGGUUUCAGUGCCUGUGGGCGGGGAUUGGAGGAGGGGAGGGGGGGGUUGAACAGGGCUGAGCGGGCUUCUCCGACAGACAUGUAAACGAACCAAUCUGGUGGUAGCUGGGUGAUGUUUGUUAAUACACACUGAGGGUAAAUCCUGUGCACACUGUAAAUGCUCAGGACUCAAUGUCUGUCUGUCUGUCUUGAGCACUGUUGCUAGGAUCCACUUUUCUCCCAUCCGCUGUCUCUCUCUCUCUCAAGGACUGUGGUGAAAAUGCUGUUCCCGCCUCUCACAGUGCGUCUGUCUCCUCCUCAUCUGUACACUGUAGUCCCCGGACAUAACCCUGUUGUCUCCAGGAAUACACAUCCUGCGGUUGUUAGAUUUCACUGCUGUGUCUCCCUCCCUCCCCUCCUCCUUCCUCUUCCUCUUCUACUCUCUCCUUUGACAUCAUCUCUUCACUACAGACUCUUUAUCAGCUGUGACACUAUGCAUCAUGGUCCUUCACUCUGCAUGGACUGUGUCCCUCCGGCUCAGACCUCUGGCCGACGGGCUUCAGUGACACUUUGUUUAAUGCUUUACUCCAAGUGAGGUUGUAGGACCUCACAAGCGCUAUCCCAAAGCAAAAAUCCAAAUAUUUAACUUUUGACAAAUGCAGAUACCAAAGAUCUCUCUCUGUCCUGUGUCUCUUGUCUUUCUCUCUCUCUGUUUUUCUCUUCCUUCCACCCUGCAGCAUGUGUAUUAAGAGACAAACCCAGCACUGGCUUUAGUCCUAGCCUCAGUAAUUCCAAAGCUUAGAUGUAUAUUUUGGUAUAUUUCUGAGAAAAACUUACGUGAAAAAAAUGUCUGUUUCUCGUUUGUUUGUUGUAAUCUCUUUUUCCUGUCACAGCAUGGAACUAAUUGCAGAACUGUCUUACUCUUGGUAGGUUAAAGAUAUAGUAUUUUUGUAUGUUUUUGGGUGUGUCAUGUGUGUGAUAUCAGUUCACAGCCCAAGUGACCAUGGCUUUUAUCAAGAGAUAAAAAUGAGGAAAAAAAAAAAAAAAAAGGACGCCAACCAUGUACAUAUUACGUCUGUGUAUCUCAAGAAAUGCAUUCUGUAAAACAUUUAACUACUCACAUUGGAAGCUUGGGCUCAUCUAAAGGAAUGUGUCCCUGUUUUUUCUCCCUUUUCUUAUUCUGCAGUCUAAUAAGAAUUAACUUCCCGGAGCUCUAAUGUAAAGAGUUCUGCUUUCCAUCAUGGACUAUAAUAAAACAGAGGGACACUGCUCUGAUCUGACUACAAACUCCCCCCCUCCUCCUCCCUCCCGCCUCCAGUCAUGGCGGCAUAGAACUGAAAGAUUGUGUAGGAGUUUUAAGUAUGUGAAUCAGGAUACAUAGUAGAUUUUGAUGCAUUUGUCUGCUGUAUUUUUGUUUUGUUUUGUUUUUAUACACAUAUAAAGAUAAUCUUUUACUGUAAAUGUACAGUUCUCUUUUGUUGUAAACAUCAUUAAACCAUUUUCAAGUGUUUUGA